CAGGACCAUAGAUGAAAUAGUUGUGGUUGUUUGUACGAAUAAAUCGUAUUUGGGGCAAAUAUAUGUGACAGAUAAGUGUGUGAUUUAUUUCAAGACUUUAGUAUGUGUAGUGAUUACUCAUCUAUUCAGUCAACUCCUUCGGGAACUCCACAUUUUAUUAGACUAGAACCCAGGCACUGUUGCCAUGUUUGUAAAAAUGUUCUCCGGGACUCAAUGCAGACAGCAUGUGGUCACAGAAUAUGUAAACUUUGUGUUGGACCGUUGUUUGAUGAUAAAACAGAACCAAUACCGUGUCCAGCUGGUGAAGAAGAUUGUUCAGAUUUAUUCAAAAGUGAUAUAACUCAAGAUCCAAGUAGUCGCCGAGAAAUUAGAGACCUCCUCGUGUCAUGUGACUUUGUGAGCUUUGGAUGCAUAGAUGAAAUAAAAUGGAAGGCGUUAUCUAAUCAUGUUCAGACUUGCAAGUAUCAACCAGUCACAUGUCCAAAUAGUGGCUGCAAUAAAAGAAUACCCCCGAAAGAAAAGAACAUUCAUUUAAAGAAGUAUUGUGAGUAUAAGCCCGAACAAUGCACGUUUUGUAAAAAGUUUGUUCCUUCAAAGCUUAUGCAGAGCCACAUAGAAGAUGAAUGCACAUCUGUUGUCAUGCCGUGUCCCUAUCAAUGCGGUAGCCCAAAAAUGACGAGAGUUGAGCUGAAUAAUCACAAGGAAAUAUGCCACAUGAAGCCUAGAGAAUGUCAGUAUAAAUGUGUUGGCUGUACGUUCAUGGGUACAGAGGAAGAGGUAAAAAAUCAUUUAACCAGUGACUUAAACGGACAUAUAAAAUUAACAACUGAUUAUGCUAAAAGAGUGGGGGAUCAAACCGUGCAAUGUUCAAGGGAACUUCAGGUAGUACAAUCAGAAAGAGAUCAGCUUCGUGCACAGGUUAAUAAUAUGAAUCAAGAAAUGACGCUGAUGAAAAACAAUUUUGAGAAGACUAUGAAUUUAUGUAAGGAAUUAAAGUUAAAAAUGGUAUCAGUAACAGAGCGUGUAAUUCAUCUGGAGAAGCAACUAGAAAAUACUGCUAAGAAAGACAUUGUUGAACGUCAUGAUAGAGAUGUACGAACCAUGCAGACAUCUCUGACACAGAUUAGGGCACAAGUUGUUCAACUUGAAAGAUUAUAUUUAAAUGAAGGAAGAUCAGGCUCAGGUGAAAUCUCAUCAGCUCCAGAGUUAAAGCGUAGAAUAGACAAGCAUGACAGCCAAUUUGCACAGUUAGAUGUUCAGAUGGCAGAACUUGACCUGAGAUUUCAGAUCCUGGAGACAGCAAGCUAUGAUGGUACGCUAAUGUGGAAGUUGAGGGACUAUGCUCGGAGAAAACAAGACGCAGUUCAAGGGAGAACACUCUCAUUGUACAGUCAGCCAUUUUACACCCACAGAUAUGGUUAUAAGAUGUGUGCAAGGGUAUAUCUUAACGGAGAUGGUAUGGGAAAAGGAAGUCACAUGAGCCUGUUCUUUGUUGUUAUGAGAGGUGAGUAUGAUAACCUGUUGCCAUGGCCGUUCCAGCAGAAGGUAACGAUGACACUUCUUGACCAGGAGACAGGACAGUGCAACCUUUCUGACUCGUUCAGACCAGAUCCAACAAGUAGCAGAAAACCAACAACAGACAUGAAUAUUGCUUCAGGAUGUCCACUAUUUGUAUCUCAUACUGUGUUGGAAACAGCAAAGUAUGUUAGAGAUGACACAAUCGUGAUCAUGUUUCAAGUUGAUAUGUUAAAUGUGUACCACCCAUAAACGCUUAAUGGCAAAUAACAUUAAACAUUUUGAUAAAUAUUUGUCAAAAAUCCAAAUCUUACAAAAGCUUGUUUCAUACCGCUUUAAAAUUCAAUAUGACGUCCAUUUAAAUGCAAUUCAUUGAAUGUCGAAUAUGAAUGUAUUGCUUAAGGCAGAUUUCUGUCUAUAAAAACAUAAGAUUAGUUUGAUCAUGCCUAACUAUUUA